AUGGCAACUUCCACCCAUCAUGCGGCAGAAACCUUCAACACCACAUUCGCGGGUAGGACGAACCAUGGUCUUCAACAAGGCUCCUUCUCUGGUCAACAAACAAACAAUUUUUAUGCAGCUGGAAGCGCAGCCUCAUCGCUUCCACGACCUCUCCCUACUCCCUCGGCAAUUAUCCCUUUUCGCCGCGAUCGCGAUUUCGUCGAGCGAAAUAUCCUGAAUGACGUGUGGGAACAAGUCUCCAAACCGGCGGCGCGCAUUGGACUGGUGGGACUCGGAGGAGUCGGAAAGUCACAGCUCGCGAUCGAGUAUGCCUAUCGAGUCCAAGAAGCCGAUCCGAAGACCUGGAUAUUCUGGGUGCAUGCGAGCAGUGCAGCCCGAUUUGAGGAGAGCUACAAAAAGAUUGCGGAGCGGGCACAGCUGGCCGGAUGGAACGAACCGAAAGCGGACAUUUUAGGUAUGGUGUAUGGAUGGCUGUCAGACGAAAAUAACGGGCGGUGGACGAUGGUGGUGGACAAUGCGGACAGCCGCGACGUUAUGUUCAAGCCGUGGGAUGGCGGGAUCCGUGAACAAUUACCACAAGCGACAACUUCGUCAUCGGUGGGCCAUUCAUUGUCAGACUAUCUCCCAUCAUCGGCUAAUGGAUCAAUUGUCAUUACAUCCCGCAGCCGGGAGGUCGCAGAAGGGCUGACCGAGUAUCCAGAAGACAUUCUCGAUGUGAUACCAAUGGACGAAGAGACAGCCGUGGCCCUUCUUAAGAAGAAGCUCAAGAGGCAUGAAGAAGGUAUAGCUCAAAAUGACUCAAUUGACCUCGUCAAACAGUUAGAUUACAUGCCGUUGGCCAUUACUCAGGCGGCGGCAUACGUCAAUCAACGUGCCCCACGCAUCACUGUUUCUACGUACCUCGAGACAUUGAAGAGAAGCGACGACGACCAGGCUAAACUCCUACAGAAGGACAUUCGCGAUCCACGGCGAGACGGUCAGGCGUCAAACUCGAUCAUCACGACGUGGCAUAUCUCAUUCGAGCAUCUCCGGCAAACCCGCGACUCGGCAGCGCGGCUGCUAGCGCUAAUGAGUCUCUUCGAUCGCGAACGCAUUCCUGAUGACCUCCUUCGAGACCGAUAUCUCGAUGAGCAGGACGCUGAGAGCGAUUUUGAAGACGACAUUAUGAUACUAAGGGCGUACCACCUGAUUGGCAUCAGCGUAAGUGACAACCGAUUUGAUAUGCACCGACUAGUGCAGUUUUCGACAAGAAAAUGGCUUGAAAUUCAUGACGAGCUGGUGGCGUGGCAGGAAAGAUAUGUUGAUGUUUUGGGUAAAGCGUUUCCGACGGGAGAUUAUGCGAACUGGCCCACGUGUCAGGAACUAUUCCCACAUGUAGAAGCCAUGGCUGGAUAUCAACUGACGAGCCAGGAGCACCUUCUUGUGUGGGCAACAAUUCAGUACAAGGGAGCGUGGUAUGCUGAAGUCAGUGGGUGGUACGGGGUAUCAGAGAGGAUGGCACAAGCAAGCGUUAAAGUUCGAGAAGCGGUGCUAGGGCUCAAUGAUGUUCGGACUUUGAAAAGUAUGAAUAAUCUAGCAUUAGUACUGAAGGCUCAAGGGAAGUACGAUGAGGCGGAAUCAAUGAAUCAACGAGCAUUAGCAAGACGUGAGAAGGUGCUAGGGGUGGACCAUCCUGACACGUUAACCAGUAUGAGCAAUCUGGCAUCAGUACUGCAGUCUCAAGGGAAGUACGAUGAGGCGGAAUUAAUGAAUCAACGAGCAUUAGCAAGACGUGAGAAGGUGCUAGGGGUGGACCAUCCUGACACGUUAACCAGUAUGAGCAAUCUGGCAUCAGUACUGCAGGAUCAAGGGAAGUACGAUGAGGCGGAAUUAAUGAAUCAACGAGUAUUAGCAGAAUUUGAGAAGCUGUUUGGAGUGGACCAUCCUGACACGUUAGCCAGUAUGAGCAAUCUGGCAUUAGUACUGCAGGAUCAAGGGAAGUACGAUGAGGCGGAAUCAAUGGGUCAACGAGUACUAGCAGGAUGUGAGAAGGUGCUAGGGGUAGAUCAUCCUUAUACGUUGAACAGCGUACUUUGUCUUGCUAGGUUAUUCGAUGCAAAGCAUGACCAACACAAGGCCCUUGAACUAUACGACCGUGCAGUUGAAGGUGAUAUCAAGGUUCUCGGUCCAACACAUCCAGACACCUUGCGAUCUCAGAGACAAAGGGCAUUACUAUUGAAGAAGAUGAACACCUCUUGA